AUGAGGGAAGCCCCAGCAAGUGCUUUUAUUUUUGAAAGUCAUUCAGUCAUGCCUGACUCUUUGCAACCCCAGGGACUAUACAGUCCAUGGAAUUCUCCAGGCCCGAAUACUGGAGUGGGUACCCUAUCCCUUCUUCAGGGGAACUUCCUGACCCAGGAAUCAAAGCGGGAUCCAGGUGGCCAUCUGCUGCAGGUUCCUCCACCUUGCUCUCUCUCGGGGUGCUCAGCCUCCACUAGCCAGCACUCAGGCUGGGAGCUCCAGGCUCACCCCCACUUCCCGCCCCACCUCUCCCACUUUCCAGUAUUGGCAUUUCAAGUCCUGGAGCAGGAGGGAACUGAGCUGCCCAGCAGGGAUGCCCAAGGAAGUCCCCUUCCAGAGGUGAAAAUUUGUUCAUUCAUUCAACAAACAUUUAUUAAGUACCUACUAUGA